AAACUAAAAAAAUAAUGUUGAAACAAAUCCUUUUUUAAAGGAAUAUUAAAUUCGCCAAUUGUAAAUAUUUUUGUGCUUCUAAAGUUGGAUAUAAUGAUAACAACCAUGACGUCAUUCAUACUACUGAAGACUAAUUCUUUUUUGUUGAGGAUGAACAGAGAAGAUAAUGUAAACUGGUUUCAUGGGAAAAUAUCACGAGAAAAUGCGGAGAUACUGUUAAAAGAAGAGGGUGAAGAUGGUGUUUUCUUAGUCCGUGAGAGUAACACAUCACCUGGAGACUAUGUUCUUUCUGUUUUACACCAGGGAGAAGUGGUGCACUAUCAAAUACGGAGACACGGGGAAGAUGCCUUUUUCUCUAUAGAAGAACAUACAACUGUGCAUGGAUUGGAUACAUUGAUCCAACAUUACCGUGGAGACUCUAAUGGCCUGGUAACUCGCUUGUCUGUGGUCUGCAAAGGACAACCUCCACCACAUGAAUCUAGGACACAAGGGACUACAAAUUUAUUACAUCGGGCGACGGAGGCUGGUGAAUUCAACAUCGUGUCUCAGCUGUUAGCGUGUGGAUAUCGCAGCCGCGAUGCCAAGAACCAGGACGGGCAGACGGCCGUGCACAUCGCUGCGCGCGCCGGACGCGACGACAUACUUGCCAAACUUAUCGAGAGCGGCGCCACUGUCAACGUGCGAGACUCGUUCGGAUACACGCCUUUGCAUUACACAUGUCAGAAUAACUUGCCUAGUACAACGGAGCUGCUGAUCACAAAGGGCAACGCUAACUACCAGAUGCGUCACGCCCCCACCGGCAAAGUGCCUCUUCACGAUGCCGCACAAAAAGGACAUAUUGAAUGUGUAAAGGUUCUUUUAAAACUAAAUGCGCCUUCGCGACCAAGGACUAUAGCGCAAGACACACCCGCAGAUCUCGCCAAACAUUAUGGACAUAUGGAGUGUUAUCAGUUGCUAAAAAACCAUACACCAGAUCCUCCAAAGACUAGUAAAAGCCAGUGGUACCACGGCACGCUGAACAGAGAGGAGGCGGUGAAGACGCUGGAGGCGUUCUGCAAUCAGCAGGGGUUGCUGGAGCGCGCGGCGGAUGGCGCCUUCCUCGUGCGCUACAGCGAGCGACACGCCAACGCAUACGUACUCACUAUGCUCAGUGAAAAUGCACCUUAUAACUUUAUUAUUAGGAAAGAGGCUCAAUGGCUGUACAUAGACGACGGACCGUACCUGGAGUCGCUGGAGCGGCUGGUGGAGCACUAUGGCCGCGUACCCGACGGCCUGCCCACGCGUCUCCUCAUCCCAGUCCCGCCCAAACCCAAGCCGCCAUUACCUGAAUUCUCAACAAUGCCACGUACAAAGAAAUCACCAACACGUGCAGCGUUGAACCAAUCUUUAUCAUUAGUGAAGCGAGAUAUCUUGGGAGACACGCAGCCCUCGCCCGUACCACCAGUAGCUAAUAACAACGCCUUUGAUCUGCUCACGAGGAACCUCUCCUUCUGCUCAGACUUCAGCAAUGACUCCAUCAAUAACAAUGAUGAUGCACAAGACAAUGAGACGUACAAAGUGCCUGUCAAUAAUAGUACACUCUGGGAGAUGUUCUCCUACGGCAAGCAGCCCUACGGCGAUAUGCGCGGCAUCGAGGCGAUACAAGUGGUGGAAAGUGGUCAGCGUUUAGAAAGGCCGGAGGACUGUCCGGACGAGAUCUACCAGGUGAUGCUGGACUGCUGGGCGUACAGCCCCGACCUGCGGCCCACGUUCAGCAAACUGGUAGAUGUGUUCUCGCAACACCCCGACUACGUCAACAUCAGCCAACUCGCGCUCGACAAUGAUGAUGCUACCGUGUGAGUGCUUGCACCCUGCCACUGCGCGCUCAGUGUGCGUGUGCCUUUACUUUUGUACAAUGAUGUAUGAAUGGGUUGUGUCUGUAUGAUUGAUAUUGAAUGAUCAAUGUAAAAUGUAUUUACAAAUGCAGGAAUCUCUUAUUACAAAAAAAUAACUUGUGAAAUAUAAAAUUAUAAUUUUAAAUGUCACCAAAAUGCAUUUUGAAAUGUCAUAUUAAUAGUUUCAUGAAUGAAGGAAUUUACCUCAACGAAAAGGCUUCCUUAGGUGUUUUGACCUCACUUAUGUGCUCUGCAUAUAUGUAAAUAAUUAUUAUUUUGUUUUUGCAUUUUUUUUUAUUUUUAUGGAUAAGCAUUUAUUUUUUUAUUUGUUAAAAAUAUACUCAUACGUAUUAGACAACCCAUUCAUACUACAACCGGUAGCAAAGCCUCACAAUUAUUUCCAUCUUGUUAUUUCAACAUUUUAUUUAAUGAUUUUUAAAAUAUUGCAAUGUAUUACAAAGUAUUUUUGUAUAUUAUUUAAGAUGUGCCCAAUGUUCAAAGCUUUAUUAGUAAUUUUAUGUAUAACCUAGUGUCUAGGUGAUCCAAUGUUAAAGAUAUAUUUAUUGACAAUUUUCAUUAGAAAGUUCUUUAGUUAUCAGAGUAAACAAUAGAUUUGUUGCAUGUAUUUGACCUCUGUGGAGAAAAUAUACUUUCAAACAGUAGUAAAUUAUAAUUAGAACUGUAUUAAUUGAAGUAAAAUUAUUUUUUUUUGUUUUUUGCGUAAACUUAUCAUAGCAAUUUGACAGUACAAGUGAAAAAAUAUCUGUUAGAAAUUCUUUAAAAUAUAUUUUUAUAUAAGCAUGCCAUGAUGUGCCUGACUAUGUAUUUAUAAGUUGUAUAUAAAUAAGUAAGAAUCUAUUACUUUUUAAGGCAUUUUAUAACUCAAAAGUAAAUA